AUGGAGGCCGCACAGUAUCAGGACUCUGGCUAUGCCACCAGCAAUGACGCGACGUCUAUCAGCAAUCUCUCGCGACCAGGCGCGGUAUCAGCGCAGUCCUACAGAACUACCAUUGACGGUGGUCACAAUCACUCGGUGACGACGUCGACCACAACCACCACGACUACCACUGUACUGGGAGGCAGAUAUGAAGGCACGACAACGACCCAUCAGCCUUCGGCCACCCUUUCCGCACCGCCUAUAGCAGAGCGCAAUAAUAUAGAAGAUUAUCAUCCUACGACUAUAGCCGAAAUGCCCGAGUCGCGGACACCAGAGCCGCCCAUCGCUACGCAGUAUCCACAUAAUGUCUUACCAUCCACGGAGCAGUACCAGCGACCACCAAUACUCAAGCGCAAGAGCGACCACAUGGACUGGGAUCCCGAGACCCUCUCACGACUGGAUAGUGCGGCUCCUCAGAGACCCUACGCAAACCCGAACUUCAGUCGUCCUAGUCCUAUUCGCGAAUCGCCGGCGUUGCGACCACGACCCAGUGCAGACGCGGUGCGGAGAAGGUCUAGUCAUCAUUACGAGGGUGGAAGUGGAAAUGUACAAGCAUUUGACAGCCGAGAGGCUUUGCGAGAAUUGAAAAGGUUCGGUAAGGAGUCUAAGCCGAUAUUGAGAGAUGCUGUGAGGAGUAUUGGAGAUGUGGCGAAGGAGUUGCAGGCUGCCGGGACCAUGAAGAUGGCAGAGUAUGAUCAGCGACAUGCAGAAAGGCCAGUGCAGGCAGUCGUCACAGCUCCUCAGCAUGAGCAGGGACAUUAUGCACCGACACCCAUCCAAACAGAUCUUCCCAAUCCUCCGUCUGUAUUCGAUGUUCCUCCACCAAGAUCACCACUACGAACGCAGAACUCACGACCACUGCGCGAACGGACAUGGGACUCGACAGACGACCGCGAUGAUAGCCAACCACUGCCUCCACCGCCACGUCACCGCUUCGGAAGCCCAUCACCUCAUCGUGGCAGCGUAAGUCCAAUUGUACGGGACGCUGAGCCUCCAGUGCAAGGAGUGGCUGGCGGCGCAUCGCCGCGCUAUAUCAAUGAGAACGGGCGGUCGCCGCAAUGGGCCCAGUCGCAUGCGCCGCCGGAUCCGAUGUAUCAUUCCUCACCACCCGUGCGCAUACCAUCUGGCCUGCCAGCCGGAUACAUCGCGAACAAUCGUAGUACUCCUGGCAUCUCUGCAGAUGUACAGGGGCAAAAUCCAGCUAUUAAUGGAGAUAACAGUAUCAACGGCAGUGCCGUUGGACGAAAGUCUGGUGGAAUUGGCGGAUAUGCUGUCAGCCGGACACAAGGACUCGAGUCCGUUGCGGCAGAGCAGGGCCAAGAGCCGGAGGUCAAAACGAAGAGAGGGAGGAUGAUGAAUAAGCUAAGGAAGAAGAGAGUGGUAUCUUGA